GCAAUGGCCACAAGUGUCCCGACUGUGCCUGGACUGAACUCCAUGCUGGGGCUGAACGCGGUCCUGUGAAGACAAGGGGGGACAUUUUCUUCCCCCGUUUGUUCUAAUUCUCAUCAGCAGAGCGUGGAACUACGGAGGAAUAACCGCUUUUUACCCGAAUCCAUUCAGCUUACUAUCUUUGAAGUGGAUGACCAGUCACAUAAAACUCAUAAAAGACUGCAUCCUCCGCUGGUGUGCAAUGGCGUCUGACUGGAGCAGUGUCACUAUCACUGUGCCGUAGAACUUCGAAAGAUCUCAGUGAACACCCCGCUGGUUUAAAAAGCCACAGCAGGGAUGAUCACCUCUCAUAUGAACGGUUUUGUGCAAGAGGGCUCCAGUCAGCCCAAGAGCCACAGGGAGAGGGCCGUGGACUGUCCAGGGGAGGAGAGUAACCUCGCCAAAGCUUCAAACAGUGGUGCCAAAAUGGAGAGGAUCCAGCACUACCAGGAGGAGCUGAGGAAGAGGAGAGAAGAAGAUGGCAAGGGGAAGCACGACAUCGACCCCAACUCUUCACUGAGGCUCAAGAAGCUGUCGCAGAACCCAAAGGUGGGCAUUGACAAUCCCACAUUCGACGGGAAGGAAAACGCUAAAGACACGUGUUCCCAGGAUCCUGUAGCUGACCUGGUGGAGUUGCUGCAAGCUCUGAAAUGGGCCUCACACAUACUGACUGAUGCCCAGAGCCAGCAGGAUGCUGACCUGCUAAUGCGGUUCGUUGCUAAGGAAGACUUCAGGAAUGCCUACAACCUGUACAGCGCCGUGUCUCAGCAGAAGAGCAAAGUCAGUCCCAACUCACCCCUUACGUCACAGGCAGAGGAUCUCUGCCAGGAGGUCCAGAAGAUUCUGCAGUCCAGUCAACAGAAGGAAGGUCUGGAGCUCCAGGCUCUGCUCACCAACCCUCAUGUGCAGGCACUGAUGCAGGCUCAUGACAGUGUUGCUGUGCAGGAGAUGGGAGGUGAUAAUGUGACCCAGUACCUUGGUGAAACAGUGAAACUUGUGCGGCUGGAGAAGGCCCGUGACACUCCUUUGGGUGCAACAGUACGUAACGACAUGGACAGCGUGGUGGUGAGUCGUGUGGUAAAAGGCGGAGCAGCAGAGAGCAGCGGCCUUCUCAACGAAGGAGAUGAAAUCUUGGAGGUCAAUGGGAUUUCAAUCCGUGGGAAACACGUCAAUGAAGUCCACGACUUACUGCAACAAAUGCAUGGCACUUUGACCUUCCUCCUCAUCCCAAGCUCUCAGAUUAAACCUGCCGCUCACAGACAGACUGUGAUGCACGUGCGAGCUUACUUUGACUACGACCCCUCUGAUGACCCUUUCGUGCCGUGUAGGGAGCUUGGUCUGUCCUUCCACAAAGGAGACAUCCUCCACGUCAUAAGCCAGGACGACCCCAACUGGUGGCAGGCCUACAGGGACGGAGACGAGGAGAACCAGCUUCUAGCUGGGCUCGUUCCAGGUGGGGAGCAGACUGGGACUGGAUAUCAUUUAGGAAAAUGCUUCCAGCAACAGAGAGAAUCCUUGAAGAAAACUAUAACAGACAGGAGUCGAGAGCAGCAAGGGAAGCACUGGUAUCCGAAGAAAAGUAAGAAGCAGAGGAAGAAAAGCACAACUACUCUGAGCAGAAGUAAUGACUAUGAAGAUAUCUUGACCUAUGAGGAGAUGUCGCUCUAUCAUCAACCAGCAAACCGCAAACGCCCUAUCGCUCUGAUUGGUCCAACAAACAGCGGCCAUGAAGAACUGCGUCGAAGGCUUCUGUCCAUUGAGCCUGAAAAGUUUGCUGUUGCUGUUCCACACACAACCAGAAACUCGAGGAUACACGAGAGGAAUGGGCGAGAGUACCACUUUGUGAGCCGACAGGGCUUUGAGGUCGACUUGGCAGCGGGAAAGUUCAUUGAGUCUGGGGAGUAUGAGAAAAACUUGUACGGCACCAGCACCGACUCGGUCAGGCACGUCGUCAACUCAGGAAGAAUCUGCCUGCUCUGCCUCCACACCAGGUCGCUGCGAGUGUUGAGGUCUUCCAAUCUCAAGCCCUUUGUAAUCUUCAUUGCACCUCCUUCCCAAGAACGACUGCGCACCCUGCUGGCCACAGAAGGGAAAACACCAAAGCCUGAAGAUCUGAAGGACAUCAUUGAAAAAGCUCGCGAGAUGGAGCACAACUUUGGCCACUUCUUCGAUGCAACCAUCGUCAACAUGGAUCCAGACCAGACGUUCCACGAGCUUCGCCGGCUCAUAGACAAGCUGGACACUGAGCCACAGUGGGUACCCACCUCCUGGCUGUGCUAGGAGACACAUGGUGUCACUGCAGGGAGCACCUCGGGGGUGGGGGAGGAGUUGAAAACACAAGAAAAGCAACACUGAAUGUUCCUUCAGACUGUAAAUGAUGAUGAAUGGACAGUGCUGAUGGUCACUGGAUCUCACUUGCACAUUCGCCUCCUUUGUGGAGGAGUUGACCUAAAAAAAAAGAAAAGACGAUGCAGGGAUGGACUCACAUUUCUUACUUUUGUUUUUGUUUGUGUCUGUGUCUUUGUGGGUCAAUUUUUAUGUUCAUUUGUUUUGUUGACGUUCUUGUUGAUCUCAGUUUUAUGCAAAGUCAUUUAUCAGAAAAAUAGAAAUAUUUCUAUUCUAUUCUUUCUAGUUAUUUAUAACUGUAAAUACAACUUUUCUAGCUGAAAAGAUCAAAAUUUUAUUAUUUCAUUUUGUUUGUGAUAACAGAUUGAUAAACUCAAUUUGAUGGGUGUCAUUGUCACAAAUAGGACAUGGUUAACCGCUUUAAAGGGUUUAGGUACCAAACAGGAGAGAGGCACAUUGUUGUGGCUGCAAGUUUACGUCUUCCUGUCAGAAACACAGAAGAAAAAAGUACAAUGUCGGUGUUACUUGCUUUAUCUCAUAUACGCUGUAAAGACAGAACUCAAAUCUAAGAUAGUACCUUUAGCUGGUUAUCAUGAACAUCAGUUUCUCCUGCUGCAAAGUACUUCUGAGUUGUUGUUUUUUUACCAGUAUUGUACCAAAAGAGCAUUGUGUGACUUAGUGUUACUCAAGAAAGACAGUGUUACUCUUUUCAGGGUUCUUAUGAAAUCAUGAGCACAAAACAGUGUUAAUAAAAUCUGAUACAUAUAUGAACAAGUGACAGGACACUGACUAUCAUUUGUUCAAAUUUUUACUGCCACUAUGAAAGAAAGAAAAAAUGGACCCUACUUCCUGCCGGUGAUUCACAGAAAUCUUAUCAACAAGGGAUAAACGUGUCAGAAGAAAAUCUCCCAAAGGAUUCAUGAGAUAACACACUGCUAAGAUUGGCUCAGACAGAAGAACAACCCAAAAUAUUAUGCCUCCAGCCCUGACUAUCACCUGCACAGAGGCAUAAAAAAUGAUAGGAAAUCUAAAAUGUAAAAUUUAAUCUUGAGCUAAAAAAUAAAUAAAUAAAUAACACAAGACUGAAUGCAAAUGAUGAACAAACACUGUUGUU